AUGAACGCGAUCCAACAAAAAUGUCGCCCGAAGCAUCAAGUCCUGGUGCUCAAGUGCUACCCGCGAACAAAUAAAGGCGCCGUUGACGUCAAGCCUAACUCGAGCGAGUUGAGUUACCUGUUGUUCUAUGCAACUUCCCGCCGCUCCAAAAUUCAAAAAAUCGGUUCUUUUCUGGAAAAGAAGACGGCCAGCGAUGUCUGGCGUCUGCGCAUCGGGUUUGUCCACUCCUCCCAAGGCCCUCGAGGCAAUGUUGUUUCUGACCCGAUACCCUUUAGAAAUGUCCAAGUUACCCUCCGGAUUCUCACGGCGCUGAUCGAGAAAGCACCCAAGGACCUGCCGCUCGUGGCCCCCAAUGUGCUCAAAAUCCUGGACCUUAUCCUUGGCUCGAAGGACAUAACUAUGGUCGAGUCCUCCAUUCCUACUUUCGAGGCCUUUUGCGAAAACCACGAUGCCUCCUCUUCCUUUGCAGACCAGGCCUACCUUGCCCAGUACGAAUCUAUUGUCCGCACCUACGCCUCGCUCGCGUCGACGCGCCAAAACCCUGGAAAAGGAGCUUCGAGCAAGCCUGUGCUGAUGCGAUGGAGAAAUGCCGGCCUCGAGGCCAUCAGGAGCGUCUCCUCUUCAGAAGCUCUGUCCACCGUUACUGGCCGUCAGUUUGAUGUGAUCGUUCCUGUCAUCUUGGAUAAUCUUUGGUGGGACGACGACGAGCUGCUUGACACAUUGCUGUCGCGCAUACAGAUGGAAGAAAAGGUCCAGACCGAGAAGCUUCGCCGUAGGACGAGCACCGCAACUGUAGAGACUGGCGGCACGGGCGGCGAAGCCAACCCCAUUGCUCUGACAGGUACCGCAUUCGAUGUGGACAAGCUGGCGGAAGAGGACAUUGGGGUUCUCGCCAUGCAGUGUCUGAAGCAGAUCUUCGUCGUGCCCAACCGGCCGCAGAUCCACUCCGCCACCGGGUCCCUCUUCCAGUUCAUUGAGAGCCGCGUCACAAACGGCAACACGGUCGUCAAGACGGACGAAAAGUCUGGCAAGGACCACGGAUGGGCGAUUAGCAUCUACAGCGCCAUCGCUCGAUGGGCUCCCGUGCAAGACCGCUACGUUAUUCUGGUGACCGCUAUGGAUCAUCUCUUGAAGGCGCCUGUCAAGGACGAUAAUCUCAGCCUGCAUCUCGCAUUGACGGCCAUGAUUGGAUCCCUGCUGCGUUCCGAUGUCAACUUAAUUGGGCUGAGCGCCAUGGACGUUCUGCUGGGGCUAGUUCAGCAAAUGAAGAAACUCAUCCAGCUACCUGGUGGCUUUGGUAGAGUGGAAGGCGAGGCCGAAGAAGCCCCUUCUGCUCUACAGGGCGCUGGGGAUGUGUUUGCACAACGCAGAGAACUGCUCGAGCGAAUCCAGAUCUGCAUUGGAGACCUCGCAACACACGUCUACUACGCAGACCAGAUCUCGGACAUGAUCUCGACAAUCCUCCUCCGCCUCAAGCCUUCAAAAUCAUCGAGCACCAGCUCCUCGCCCCAGGUGGAAAACGCCGAACAGCCAUCCUCGGAUGAACUGAGCUCUAGCCAGCCUCAGCUGGAAACAAUUCUUUCUCGUAACGUGGGCAAGACGGCCGCCCUGAAGGCUAUCAAAAACAUUCUCCUUGUCGCGAACCCGCGGGCGCAGAUGUCUGGCAACCUGAACCUGUCAAGAAACAGGGUCCCAAUUCAGGUAUGGGAAAACACGCACUGGCUCCUGCGGGAUCCGGAAGGCGAGGUCAGGAAAGCAUAUGUCGAUGCACUUCUGACAUGGCUCGACCGCGAAACGACAGCGGCCGACUCCACAGCGCGGGACGAAAGCGCACAACAUUACCGAUCUUCGCUUAAGAACAGCCGCGAGCUUCAGCCGGCGAACGUUGCCCAACGUGCUGCCUCGAACGCAUCGAACCGGGAGAAGCCGUCGCGGCAGCGCACGCAUUUCCUCCAGCUUUUGCAUAUCGCCAUCUACGAUAACGCAUUGCAAUAUGUCGACUAUGAUCCGGACAUUGUUCUCCUCCACGUUCUUCUCACCAAGCUGGUGGCCCAGCUAGGCGUUAACGCGGUCCAGUACGGAUUGCCAAUGGUGUUCCGUCUUCAGGAAGAUAUUCCAGAUGCGGAACUUCCAGUGCAGAAGGUUCGUCUUGGCAGUCUCUGCCACGGAUACUUCUGGGCAGUGACGGAGAAGUUUGACAUCGAGAACUCGGCCGUCGGGCGCGCAAUCACCAACGAAGUCAUCCGAAGGCGCAGUAAGCAUUUCUGGACCGAGGGCGUGGCCAUCCCUCCCCCAGGGUUGGACUUUGUUGGUACCCCUGGUGUUCCCAAAUUGCAGACAAAAUUGCCCUCCACCGAGGUUGAAAGUGAAGCGCUCUUGCCGUUCGACGACCGGGCAUCCUUUGUCGAGAGCAUCGCCGUGAGUUAUGCGGACACAAGCGCCUCGCCGCCAACCAGCCCUCCCCAGUCCCCCGGACGCAACUUCUCGCAUCCCAUUCUCAGCUCCUCGAUUACAACAGCACCUGCAGUGCCUGGGACGGGUUUGCCCACCGCGUUUCGCGAGCAUAUGCUGACGGACUGGUCGAGGGAUGCGGCUAUGUUGGCGUUGCAAACGGGAAGCAAAUCGGAGUCACUGGCUGGCUCAAAGACUGGCACGAUGGGAACCAACCGACACCACCUCACAGUUAACGGCGCUAAUGGACACGGGCAAACGGGCGAGUCGUCUCCGCUCGGUAGCCAGCGCAACCUCCGGCCGAACUCAUCCCAAGUGCCCGGGGGCUUGUCUCCAAUGAGGCAGUUGCGCAAGUCCAGUGUUCGGAGUGGUGUUUCGCCUUCGCCGUCGGACUCUAGUCGGGGCGUGGUCGCAUCCGUCGACCAGCUCAAGAUGGUCUUGACAGGUCAAGUGCCGGCAACACCUAUUGGCACCUCGGCUGGGUUACACCAUGACAGUGAUAGCGACAGUAUGGUCAGCUACGAGUUCACGCCAUCCGAGCUCAGUUUCAAUCCGGCAGCGUCCCAGACAGAAAACGGCGACGGGGCUUCCCUUGGGCGGCAACGGUCAUCUUCUCAGUCACGUAAGGGUGGACCGCUGAACUCGAAUCCCUUGUACGAUCACAACGAGAACGAGGAGGUGCCGCCCGUGCCACCGCUGCCUAACCAUCUUGGAGGGCUGACAUCUUCGAUUUCUAUUCAGGAUUAUGCGGUCAAGCCAGCGAAACGAAACCUGAGCAGCCGCGGCGGCGACAGUUUGUAUCAUGGGUCAACCAAAGGGGAUGGGAGCUUCUCAAUGGUCUCGGGCGGGGGAAUGGACUUGCACGAGCUUCUAAACGGAAUCGACAGCAGGGCGGGAGAGCUCAGUUUAGGGAACGUCACAAAGCCGCCUUACUAA